GAUGGUUGAAGGAACGCCACUAUCCUACGUGCUCCUCGGUUGUUUGGUUAGAAGGCGGGGUUCAGUCCAUAAAUUCCUCUUUGAAACAACGGUGGAGUCAGAAGAAGCUCGCAGGUCUUCAGGAAAACCUCUUUUCUUCGCUUUUUUUCCUUCAUCUUCAACGUUACAAGACGAACUUUCGCUUCGCGGUCGGACGUCGUAAGUGAACCCGGACUGCAAAGGUUGGAGUUUCACCUGCACGAGACGUCGAAAUAACAUCACCUCGAGAAAGGGUGCCACGGGGAUCAAAAUGAAGAUCGUUUUAUUUUACAUAUUGGUGAUCCUGUAUGUCCAUAAGGACGUGCUGUCUGUAGCUCCAUCGUACGGUGAACGGGGUUCUGAUCUUGGCAUACAGGUGUUUCAGCAAGUUGUCCGCUCGAAGCCCUUGGACAAUGUUGUUCUCUCACCUCAUGGGGUGGCGUCCAUCCUUGGGAUGCUGCUACCUGGAGCCCACGGACAAACCAGGAAGCAGAUUGUCAGCUCUCUGCAUUACAAGAAAAAAGGGCCUUAUAAGAUGUUGAGGAAGCUGCACAAGACUCUGGUGUCCAAAUCAAACCAGGACACGGUGCUGAUGACCAACGCCAUGUUCAGCCAGAAAGGUUUCCCCAUGGAAGAGGCGUUUGUGGCGAUCAACAAAGCCAACUUUCAGUGUGAGAGCAGGAGCCUGGACUUCAGUGACCCCGGUGCAGCUGCUGAUCAGAUCAACGAGUGGGUCAAAAAUAAGACCAAAGGUCACAUCCCCAGCCUCAUCAAAGCAGACAUGCUGGAUUCAGCCCUGACCCGUCUGGUUGCUAUUAACUCGAUCUACUUCAAAGGCUUGUGGAGGUCGUGCUUCCAGCCCAACAACACUAAGAUGAGGCCCUUCAACGGGGGCGAUGGAAAUGCUUAUAAAGUUCCAAUGAUGUCCCAGCUGUCAAUCUUCAACAUCGGCUUAGCCACCACUCCUCAGGGGCUCAGAUACAGAGUCAUCGAGCUGCCCUACCACGGCAACACCAUCAGCAUGCUCAUCGUUGUGCCGUAUGAGGAAGACACAACUCUGUCCCAGGUCGUCCCACACAUCAGCACGGCCACCGUGCAUAGCUGGACCAAGCUGAUGCACAUGAGGAAAGUCCGCCUGCUCAUCCCCAAGUUUACUGCAGAUGCAGAGGUGGAUCUGAAAGACUCGCUGUCUGCACUGGGAGUAACAGACAUGUUCAGUGCAGACGCAGCUGACUUCAGUCACCUCAGUGCUGAACCGGUGUUUGUGUCCAAGGCUCUGCAGAAAGCUAAAGUUAUUGUGAAUGAAGAAGGAACAAAAGCAGCAGCUGCCACCACUGCUGUUUUGAUGGCUCGGUCCUCCCCUCCUUGGGUCACAGUGGACAGACCUUUCCUCUUCCUCAUCAGACAUCACCCAACAGGUACCAUCCUGUUUAUGGGUCAGAUCAACAAACCCUGAGGCUGACACACACACACACACACACACACACACACACACACACACACACACAGCUGUAGAUGUAUGGAUGAUGUGGAUGUAUGUUUGUUUAAAUAUUGCUUUUUAUGUUAAUCAUUUUCUGCAGCACAUAACCUACUUUUCAAAAGGUUUUGCAGAUUGUUCCCCUGUUAAGUUUUUGUAUACUUUUUUUUUAUUUUAUAUUUGACUUUAUUAUGUUUUUAAUGACAAAGUGAAAUGUGUGAUUUUUCUAACUCUGGAGUACAGUGAAGAAUUUAUUUAUGGAGUCAAAGUUUGAGUUUAAUGUUUUCUGUUUUCCAGUCACGUAACUCCAGUUUAUUAAGUUGAUAUAAUUUCUUAAAGUUCACUCAAGUUGUUUUUGUUUUGUUUUGAUGAGGACAUUUUUUAUUGCUUCACAUUUGAAAACAAAAAUAAA